UACAUUCAUUCUCACGAGAUGCUACAUCCCUGUUUUUUCCGAUCGAUUAUUUUUUGCUACAACCAUGUUUGAUUUUGCUGGAACCGAAGUCAAAUUUUGCUACUUCCAUCCACGGCGGCGUUGCUCGACGACGGCGAUGGAUUUUUAUUGUUGCAACCGUAUCGGAGUUUUGCUACUACUAGAGAUGUCAUUUGCUACUAACAGAGUUUGCUAUGAAGAUAAGCUGUAACCAGGGGACAACAUCGGAGCUGCAGGAAGGGGACGACGGCGGAGCUGAGCUGCAAGCAGGGGAUGACGACGGAGCUGCAAUCAUCGACGAGGAGGGAGCUGCAUCUGAUGGCGUGCAUGAGGAUUUUUCAUGCUGGAACCGGCGAGGAUUCGUGCCUCCAUGGAUCUUUUUUUUUUGAGCGGGAGGAGGAGAUUGCGUGAGGGCGGCGAACGUCGGCGAGGGCGGCGAGCGGCGGUGCUUCGGACUCGGUCGCCUCGCGGGGGAUUAUGGCGGGGGAUCGAUAGCGCCGCAGCCUCCUCUCGCUGAUGUGCGGCGCUCGCUAAAAAAGAACAAAGCGGGGAAGGCAUAUCCGAUGUCUAGCAAUCAUUUGCAUCGCUUGGAAUCCUACGGUCCUAGGUGGACCGGUCGAAUCGUUCCGCCGGUGCGCUGGUGCAGAGUAGCGCCCAAAAAUUAAUUAUCUGGGAAGCGGCCGGUGACCCGCUUAUUUGGUCCUCCCGCGGACUGUAUAUAAACCAGACUACCCCUCAACUCUGGAGUUAUUUACCUCCUUCCUACCAUCAAAUAAAAGGGCGCGUCCCUGACCCAAUCGAGAAUCGUACUAGGGUUUCGCCGCCGCCGCCUCCCCGCCAUUGAAAAUCGGCCCCUCGCCGCCUGUCCAGGCUCGUCCUUCCUUCCACGAUUCGCACGUUGCGUGCCCCGCCUCGUACGUCCACGGGCUGUACAAGAUCCCGCCGUUGAACCGAAGUCCGCGGGACGAGUAGCCAAGGCACCAAGCUGACGCUGGCCAGCCUCUUGUCCUGCCCAAAGGAAGGAAGGUCUGCUCCAGUCUUCAAAAAGAUGCGGAAAGCUAAGAGGAGCGGUGAUCAUCUCACUAGAAGCUUUCUUAAGAGCAGAAGAGCUUCCAAAAAUGAAUCAUUGGUCUCAGGUUGCUUCAUUGGGGACUCUGAUCAAGGUGUUCGGUCUGGGCUCAGUGAUAGGCUAAUAUCAUACAUGUCUAAAAGCGUCGUCUCUAUUACUUUGUACAAUGAAGGCACAAUCCUAUUUUCAUGCUCGGGCAUAGCUAUGGAACGCAAGGGGUGCCACCUUACAAGGUUUCUGACUUCUGCAAGUUUGGUUAGAGCUCUGAAUGGUACAAAUGAAGACCAUGAUGACUUGAAGAUUGAAGUGCGCCAUGAAGGCAAUGAAGUGUAUAUGGGGGUGAUGGCUGAAUAUGAUUUAGAUCGCAACUUUGCUGUUGUCAAUGUCGAUGCGUUCCUUGAUGUUCAGGUUCAAUCUUUCCAACAUGCACCGCGAAUUCUCCCCCAUGGUGAGAAAUUAGUAGUUAUGGGGCGUGACGUCAAUGGUGAAAUAAUGACCAAGAAUGUGGAAUCGGAUGGUGAUUUAAAGGUAUCUGAUGAUGAUGAAGAUCUUGAUUGUAAAAUCUCAGAGGCUUGGGAAGGUGGGCCACUUCUUUCUGUUGGUGGGAAGGUUGUUGGCAUGAACCUUUUUCUGACUACUAGAAGAGCCGUUUUCCUACCAUGUGGCACAAUUCUCAAGCAUCUGGAGCAUUACUGGACGUCCCAGCAAAAGAAGACUGGUCUUGCACGGUUUGGAGCAAGACCAAUAGCUGAGAAAUCUAACAGCCAUCCAGAAGUAUAUGUAGAAUUGCUCAACCAGGAGCAGUUCGAUCUAGAUUCCAUGGGUUACCCGAAGUUACCGUCCUCCAUGUUAGGAGCUGGCAUGAUUUUGGUUAAUACUUUUGAAGAGACUUUUGGCGACAUACAUGGUGAAGGUGUCUGGAGAAAAUUUAGUAAAAGAGCUUCUAACAUAAAUCACAAUGUUGUCGCACUGGCUUCAUUCAGUGGAGAAAAAAGGGUUUUUGCAUGCACGGGUUUCUUUAUUGAAUGGAAUGGAUCUAGGAUAAUUUUGACAUCAGCAAGCUUGGUUAGAAAUUCUGGUGAUGAGAACAAGAUUGUUGAAAACUUGAGGAUUGAAGUGUUGCUUAAUAACAGCCAAUGCAUAGAAGGGACACUACAGCAUUAUAGUCUGCAUUACAACGUCGCUCUAGUUACUGUCAAGGAUUACCCUGCCAUUCGUCCAUUAAAUACUCUGCUUCGUUGGGACAAGGCUUUUAAAGUAGCAGCUGUAGGGCGGUGCUUCAAAUCAGGUGUGUUAAUGGCUACUAGUGGGGAUCUGGUUUCCUGGACAGGCACACUUGAUUGCAAUUUCCUCUCAACUUCCACGUGUAAAAUCACUAAGGCUGGGAUUGGAGGCCCUCUUGUCAGUCUUGAUGGGGAUGUUAUUGGCAUGAACUUCUAUGAUAAGAGAAUAGGAACCCCGUUCCUGUUUUUGGAGGAGAUUUUCAAAAUUCUAGCAUUGUUUGAGACAAAAAGUAAACUUGGUGAAGCUGGCAAUGAUAGUGAUCCCUCUGGCACGCCUUUCUUGAAAAUGGAUGAAGAUGACAACAAUAAGUUGAACAGGUGGCCUGUGCCCAUGCCGUGCUGGCGCAAUCCUGACUACGUGGAUGAGGAUAAGUCUGAUGAUGAUGAUGUCUUUGAUCCCAAAUCUGGCCGCACACUGAGAUACGGUUACUUCAAGGGAAAGAAAGUCAUGCUCUUUUAGAUGCAGUCACACCCUUGUUUGGUCACACAAUCUCCAUAUCAUUGCGUGUUUGAGAUGGUAGAACACGUGUCUUGCUUAAGUCUUAUUAUGUUCUGCGUCUGUAUAUUGGAAUCAUUCUGUGUUAUGUUGUGUAAUACUCCCUCCGAUCCAAAUAAGUUUCUCAGUUUUGAACUAAGGUUAGUUCAACCUUGGUUCAAAACUGCGACACUUAUUAUGGAUCGGAGGUACUCCCUCCGUAUUUAAAUAUAGCUUUUGUAGAGAUUUCACUAUGGACCACAUGCAGAUGUAUAUAGAUGCAUUUAUAUUUAGGAA